AUGGGUUCUCCGCUUGCGGCUUCACUAAUUCGGUCCAGAGUUGUUGGAAGCUGCAGGUGGCAGUGGAAUCUAUCAAGCAAACCUGGGAAAGCUCACGCGUCCCCUGCUCGGAGCGCCGUGCUGCCACCAUCAAUAAGGCCGGUGCCCAGGCGACCCCACAGGCCUUUGUCCUUCAGCCGCAUCAACCGCGAGAGGGGCCUCGACAGACCCGUCACUGCCGGGUAUCAAGCAUCCUUGACCCGCACGACAGCUGGUGCUACCACCAUUUCUGGCCGCACUGCUCCGCUGGCUCCGAUGGGCAGCCCUCGCGGCAGCUGUGUCUCGAGGCUGGUGGUGGACUUUGAUUCUACGUGCACACAGCGUGACACCACUGCCCUGUACGGAGAACUAGCGGCAGAGGAGGCGGAGGCGCGGAAUGAUCUUGAGAGAGGGGCGGCGAUCCGGCAGGCCUGGAAAGAAGCGGGGCUGGCGUACAUGGAGCAGUACGACAAGGCCAUGGCCCUGGCACUGCAGGAGGCCCCCCAGCGCCGUGAGGCAUUUGACCUGCCUGCCCUGCGGCGCUUCCUGGCGGCCAUGUCUGUCAUGGAGCAGGCCAGCAUGGACGACCUGGUGCGCAACAAGCUGCUGGCAGGCGUCUCCCGCCCCGCCAUUGCGGACGCCGUCAGGGCGGGGCGUGUUCCCCUGCAGGAGGGCUGCCUGCGCGUGCUGCACCGCUGUGCUCAUGACAAAAUCGCUGUGUCCGUCCUCUCCGUGAACCCCUCCCGAGAGCUCCUCUCUGCGGCCCUGCACCUGGACGCCUGGCCAGCUGUUACGCCCCCUCCUGAGAUUUUGAGCAACGAGCUGGAACAGCAGGGCGAGGUCUCUACUGGGGCCCUCUCGGGGGGCAUCCACACGCCCCUCCACAAGGAGGCCUGCUUCGAACGGCUGGCCUCCGCAGCUGCGCCCCCCGGCGCCUCUCCUCCAAGUGCGAGGAAGCCCGCCGAGUCACAGGGCCUGACUGUGUACGUUGGCGACAGCGUGACGGACCUGCUGCCCCUGGUCAGCGCAGAUCUGGGCGUGCUGCUGGGCUGCAGCGCCAGCGCUGAGCGCGUCUGCCGUGCGUUUGGGGUCACCCUCCAGGCCGUCCCCGAGUUUCUGGCACAGCAUCAGGACCGCCCAGUGGAGAGCCGCAGGGGCACGGGCCGCCUGCUCCAGGCCCAGUCCUGGUCGAGAAGGCGGCAGGGCAGGCGCCCAUAG